UCAGUGAUAUUUCCAUCGUUAAUGUAUGUUGUCAACACGUCGGUUUUCAUGGGGGUAAAAACGGUUCACACAUUGCGUCGGUCCUAUUAAGUCUCGUUUUGCCGACAGCACUUGAAGGCAGCAUAGGAGGUAAACGGGAGCAGAGGAAGAGCAGCGCGUGGACAUGUCGGACCCGACCGCGCAGGCCCUGCAACCCCGGCUUCUCCAAGCCCAGUCUGUCGGCUCAGCGGGUUCCAGCACUGCCGCCACAGUCUCCGGGCCAGGGAGUAGUGACCCGGCCAGACCAGGACUUAGUCAACAACAGCGUGCAAGCCAGAAGAAAGCUCAAGUCCGAGCUUUCCCACGGGCGAAAAAGCUUGAGAAACUUGGCGUAUUCUCCGCCUGCAAGGCCAAUGACACAUGCAAGUGCAAUGGAUGGAAGAACCCAAAUCCACCAUCAGCCACACGGAUGGACCUGCAGCUGCAAGCCGCCAGCCUGAGCGAGCCCUGCCGCAGUUGUGGACAUGCUCUGGCUGACCAUGUGUCCCACUUGGAGAAUGUGUCUGAGGAGGAGAUAAACAGGCUGUUGGGCAUGGUGGUGGAUGUAGAGAACCUUUUUAUGUCUGUACACAAAGAGGAGGACACUGACACAAAACAGGUCUACUUCUACCUAUUCAAGCUGCUGAGGAAAUGCAUCCUGCAGAUGAGCCAGCCAGUCGUAGAGGGAUCCCUCGGAAGUCCUCCCUUCGAAAAACCCAACAUUGAGCAGGGGGUUUUGAAUUUUGUUCAGUAUAAGUUCAGCCACCUGGCACCAAAGGAAAGGCAGACCAUGUUUGAGCUGUCAAAGAUGUUCCUCUUGUGCCUCAAUUACUGGAAGCUGGAAACCCCUACGCAGUACCGCCAGCGCACCCAGAAAGACGAUGGGACAGCCUAUAAAGUGGACUACACCAGGUGGCUGUGCUACUGCCACGUCCCCCAGAGUAACGACAGCCUGCCGCGCUAUGAGACCACGCACGUGUUCGGCCGCAGCUUGCUCAAGUCCAUCUUCACUGUGACCCGGCGGCAGCUCCUGGAGAAGUUCAGAGUGGAGAAGGAUAAACUGCUCCCAGAGAAACGCACACUCAUCCUUACACACUUCCCCAAGUUCCUGUCCAUGCUGGAGGAAGAAAUCUAUGGCGAUAAUUCACCCAUCUGGGAGGCUGACUUCACGAUGCCCGCCGCUGACGGCACGCAGCUGGGACAUCAGACAGUGAUCAGUCCGGCUGCAGUCUCCGGCUCCCCCGCUCUGUCCAAAGGUCUGAGCAGCAUCUCCUCUCUGGGCAGUGCAGACACCGGAGGAGCAGAGCCCAUCACAGGAGAGAAACGUAAACUUCCGGAGGUAUUGACCCUGGAGGACGCUAAGCGGAUCCGGGUGAUGGGAGACAUUCCUAUGGAGCUGGUCAAUGAAGUCAUGAUGACCAUCACUGACCCCGCUGCAAUGCUCGGACCAGAGACUAAUCUGCUGACCCCAAACGCUGCCCGUGAUGAGACGGCCAGGCUGGAGGAGAGGCGGGGAAUCAUCGAGUUCCACGUCAUUGGAAACUCACUUUCCCAGAAGUCCAACAAGAAGAUCCUGAUGUGGCUGGUCGGCCUGCAGAAUGUGUUCUCGCAUCAGUUACCUCGCAUGCCCAAAGAGUACAUCACACGGCUGGUGUUCGACCCGAAGCACAAAACCCUCGCCCUUAUCAAAGAUGGCCGCGUCAUCGGAGGCAUCUGUUUUAGGAUGUUUCCCACUCAGGGCUUCACAGAAAUCGUCUUCUGUGCCGUCACAUCCAAUGAGCAAGUCAAGGGCUACGGCACCCACCUGAUGAACCACCUGAAGGAGUACCACAUCAAACACAACAUCCUCUAUUUCCUCACCUACGCCGACGAGUACGCCAUCGGCUACUUCAAGAAGCAGGGCUUUUCCAAAGACAUCAAAGUGCCGAAGACUCGUUACCUGGGAUACAUCAAAGACUACGAGGGAGCGACCCUCAUGGAGUGUGAGCUGAACCCCAGAAUCCCCUACACUGAGCUCUCUCAUAUCAUUAAAAGACAGAAGGAGAUUAUUAAGAAGCUGAUUGAGAGAAAACAGACCCAGAUCAGGAAGGUUUACCCAGGUCUCACCUGCUUCAAAGAAGGCGUGCGGCAGAUCCCGGUGGAGAGCAUUCCAGGCAUAAGAGAGACCGGCUGGAAACCCAGUAACAAGGACAAAGGGAAAGAGGUGAAGGACCCUGACAUGUUAUACAACAUGUUGAAGAACCUCCUGGCCCAGAUUAAGACUCAUCCUGAUGCCUGGCCCUUCAUGGAACCAGUGAAAAAAUCUGAGGCUCCAGAUUACUACGAGAUCAUCCGCUUUCCCAUCGACCUGAAAACCAUGACGGAGAGACUGAAGAACAGAUACUAUGUGACCAAGAAGCUUUUCAUUGCCGACCUGCAGCGAAUCAUCACCAACUGUCGCGAGUACAACCCUCCGGACAGCGAGUACUGCAAGAGUGCCAACACCUUGGAGAAGUUCUUCUACUUCAAAUUAAAAGACGGAGGCUUGAUCGAGAAAUGAACUCGACCACAGAGUUAUUUACAAAACUCUCAUCAAAAGAUGACCACAAAUUGACGCUAGCUGUUGUCUUACGAGUUAUUAAAAGGGUAUGUACAAGACUGACAUCUUGCAAGAGAAUAGAUGGGCAAGCAUAAAGGAGGGUUUUUUGGUAACACCAAAUCAAGUAAAGCAUUACAAAGUGUCAAAAUGGCAUUUCCAUCCCCCCUUUAAGUUGUCAUCUUCUCGUUUUAGUACUCACAGUGAGUCAAUACUCUGCAUAUACAUGUUUCAUUAAGUGUACCAAAGUUAUAGGUCCAAGUUAUAACAAUGCCACACUUUUUACGAGUAUUUAUAGUAUGAUUUGAGCUGGUUUUGUCGCAUUUAUUGACGUUGGAUCCAAUUUGCUUAAAAUUCGUCACUCAAGCAGAAACAUGUAGUGUAGAAGUCUUUCACAGAAGACUGGACCUCGGGACCUAAAGCCGCGAUGCCUUCCGCUACUGACAGAUACUUGAACAUCCCAGCCAUCUUCAUGGGUAAACAGAUAGACGUUCAAUGAGGAGUGAAUUCCCCGAAACAUUUGGGCCUCAAAUAUUCUAAAAACAACUUGAAAUGUUGAUUAUUGAAAAUGCAAUGUGCAAAAUUAAUGAAAUACAAUUGGUAAAGUUGUUAAUGGAGUGCAAAUUCUAAAGUUAGAACUUAAAUAUCUGGAUAUCUUUGGAUAGUCAGAAACAAGCAAAUUAUUUAUCAUUUAGGCUAUAACUAGAUUCAUUUAAAAAAUCUUCUUUAUUCUAAACAAAUAAUUCAAAACCUUACAGAUUAACGGAUAAUACAAAGGGUUUGUGCAGCCCUACUGGAGUAGUGUGAGAGACUGCUGAUGAUGGACUGGGUGACAACUAUUUCUAGCACUUUAGUGCUGGACAAAAUAAUUUCCCCAAUUGUUGCCUUCAACAUAUGUUGACAUCAACAUAGACAUUCUUAUUUAUACAGUAAUUAUGAUGCAAACUGUUUAUACAUCCAUUUUUCACUGGCAGGAUGAGUUCACACAUUAGUAAAGCUUUACCAUGCUUGCAGGUGAUUCUGUAGUUGUCAUUUAUUUGUUGCGUUGCUAGAUUCUAGUACAAUUACUUCUGCACACACAUGCUAAGGAUUUAGUGUACACCCACUUGUUUACUGGAUAGUUUAAAAGAUCAUAACAGUGGUGGUGGGGGGGGGGGGCUAACAUGCCGUCCUCAUGGACUGUGGCCUUGUGUGAAGAUGACUGGUUUAUUUAUCACACCUCACACAAGCUGUAGUUGGUGUUGAUGCAUGGUUGACAGUUUACACAUUUGAAUUCAUAGAAAAACAUCCAACUCUUUUUAUUAUUUUUUAACAGUGUUACAAACGGUGAUAUGUUUGUUAUGGCGGUCAGUGUCAAACGGAGUGCUUCCUGAGAUGCAUCCACUUCUUUAAUGCUGGUUGAGCCUGGUUGUUGAAUGUUUCAUGUGACAUUGAUUUGUGUGUGUGUGUUUAUUUUGUACUUGAAUCAUGACUAGCUUUGAGUUUCUGAAGUGAUGUCUGUUGCAUUAUUCAGGGUUGUCUAUUGCGUACUCCUCCCACAAUCUACCUAUGCUGCAUUUCAGAUGUCCUUACACGGGUCAGUCCGAGUGAACUUUCCACCUGUUAGAGGAUGGCUAUCGUGUGUAGUUAUGAUGAAUGCCAUUUACUGUAUCUGUAAUACUGUUCAUGACAAUAAAGGUUUGUUUUUGUAUAAA